UGGAGGAAGACGUUGAAACAUCUUCGAAGAAUCAACCCUUGAGCUUGAAAGAGGGGGAGACGCAAACGAGGAAUUCUAUCCACGAAUUUGGGGAAUGGAAUAGAGAAAUGGUGAAACUGUUAAGAAAACUGAUGAGUAAACUCGGGGAUACUGCCGAAGCGUGGGAAAGAUUCCGGCGCAAGGAUAUUGGCUACUUUAUCCCCGACGAUGAUGGCGUGCCUUCAACAUCCUCGUUCCUCAAAUGCUCGGUUAAUGUUGUCGAUAAUAUCUUUCUGGAUCUAAAGGAUAUUUUGAGGAAAUUUAGACAUCUGGAGCAGGAACUCUGCAAGGACAAUUCUCUUAUGGGACUCAAUGCCCAUUUUGGCCAUGGAAACCAUGAGGCUCAAUUAUGCCAGCAAAAGAGCGCCCGUCACAUCCAAGUUCUCACUGUUAUCACCAUUAUGUACCUACCACUAGCCCUCGCAGCAAACAUGUUCAGCACCGCUCCGGGAGUUCUUCCAUUUACGCCAAAUUUUGGACGCUUUAUACUUUCAUCCGUUGCCCUUUCCUUACUAGUGUUAGCUUCAAUCGCUACCUUGUUUAGAUGGCGUAGCUGGGCCGAAAAGUUAUUGCACAUCUUGCCAAUUGGUCAAUUUGGUCGCAGCUCUCGCAAGCACUGGGACGUGGAACAUGGGCAAUACGGAGAUACGCCGAACUUUGGAGUAAUGCCGUGUCCAUUGCUUGAGGGCCCAAACCGCUCAGCAUACUCGCCCCUUCCCAUGAAUCAUGAUUCUCAGCGAGAUCAUAGAGGCGAAUACCACGGCUAUAUAGUGUGGGUAAGAGACUUCCUAAGUCGAGCCCUCAAACGAAAUAAGACAACGCUAUCAAAAACGAAACUUUCUGGAAAGUUCACACCUUUAAUUCCAAGGUCAUCGAUCAGGUAUUUUUUCACCUUCAGCAACGUAUUGAACAUAUUUCCUCGUCCAGGACCAGACCGUGGAAAAGAGCGAAUCCAUUGGACAUGUGUAAAACUUCCCAACUUACCCCAUUUCAAGUUUCGACUACUAAUGGUUUUUUGCUAGAGGUGCGGCCACGAAUUGUACACAGAUCUUUCCAAUCGGUCACAAGAUGAAAUUGCUCGGCUCGCUUCGAUCUUGCAGCAUACUGGGUAUUCGACAACGAAACCUCACGAAGCGCAUUGUUUGAGUACUUUACCAACAAAUGACUCACGCUUGCAACCCAGUAUCUCUAGCAGAGCUACAUUCUCUUCCCCAGCCCAAAGCACUGCGGCGUUGAGCACUUCAACUUCUGUCGCUUCAGAUUCGAGUGCAAACGUACCCAGCACUGAUCUACCACAGAAUCAAAGUUAUCUC